AUGUCAAAAUCCGUGAGGCAGGAUUAUACCAUCGUGGGAGUGAAAGACGAGGGCGCAGCAGAGAAGGACGUGUAUUACUGCCACAGUAAACAAUAUGCGUAUGCUGUGUACUACUGCCAUAAGUCGGCAUGUACUUUGGAAGCAGGCAGGAGGAUCGCAAGAGUUUGGGUGAAGGGAGAAGAUGAUAGGACGGAGGAGGCGGUGGCUGUGUGUCACAAGGACACCAGCGCCUGGAUUCCCAACAACAUCCCAUUUAAGGCGCUGAAUGUGAAGCCUGGUACCCCCUCUAUCUGCCUUUUCGUUCCCCAAGGAGACCACCUGUGGCAGAUAGCCGACUGA